UUAUUACCGGUGUAUUUGAUCGCUAGAGAUGCUGACGUUUUGUCCGAUCUGCGCCAACGUUUUAGUUGUGGAGGAGGGAUCUAAAUGUUUCCGAUUUGCUUGCAACACGUGCCCCUACGUACAGAACGUAAACAGAAAGAUCUCUUACAAGAAGUAUCCCAAACUGAAGGAAGUAGACGAUGUGCUGGGAGGAGCGGAGGCGUGGGAAAACGUCGACUCAACUCAGGAAAAGUGCCCGAAGUGCGAGCAUAAUCGCGCGUUUUUCAUGCAGAUCCAGACGAGAUCAGCGGACGAACCUAUGACGACGUUCUACAAAUGUUGUAACAUGCAGUGCGGACACCGUUGGCGGGAAUAGUCACGUGGCACGAGCUACAGGGCAGUGCACGUGCAUUUUUGUGUGACCUUAUUGGGAAAUAUCCACAUGUAACAUAUAGGGCGAACACCGCUGGCAGGAAUAGUCACGUGGCACGAGCUUCAGGACAGUGCACGUGCAUUUCUGUGUGACCUUAUUGGGAAAUACCCACAUGUAACAUAUAGGGCGAACACCGCUGGCAAGAAUAGUCACGUGGCACGAGUUAAGUGCAUUGCAAGUGCAUUCUGUGUGACCUAAUUUGGAAAUAUUCACUUGGACGUGUAACUGUUCUGUCAUGCGAUAGAGUGGAGAACGGCCAUGUUGUUAGAACAAUCAAUUAACGUAACACAAUGUAUGAACGAACGUGUGUGUGAUUUUGUUUUUGGUUGUGUGUAAGAUUGUGACGUGUGUGUUUGUGCGUGUGUGUUGUGGGUCAUAAUCGGUGUGUUUCAGUGCCUUGUGGAUGUGAACUUUUAAGUAAGAAAUACUAUACUAUUCCUAGUGUUAAAAGGGAGAUGCAUAGGGAGGGGGGUUGUGUCCAAAUUCUGAGGUGGACGCCUCCAAGCAAAGAUGAAAUACUUGUUGCACACCGGUUAGCGGGAUUACCGUGUUAUAUUGUUGUUAUCACACAUCAUGUGUUGUUACAACACAUCACGUGGGAGUCUAUUAAUAGACAGUUUGUGUAAUAUUGUGUGAAUCAAAUAGGUGGCAACGGAACCAGAGGAGCAAACUUUAUUCAGUUGUGAACACAAAAUGGUAGUAUUUGUGAAUAAAGACUCAUUGCUG